CCAAGACAGAGAAAGUCUUUAUGAAGAAGCACUAAAGACAGAACCAAAAUGGAGUUUUUAUGGGUUUACUAUUAUUAUUUCUUUCAUCUUUAUUAAUCCUAGACUUGUUUUGUGUUCAGGAGUCUAAUGGCCUGUCACACACUCACGUCAGCCAUCGACAAACUCGUACACAGCCUGUGUUUGGAAAGUUUCCCAUGUGGCAGAGGGAGCUGGCGCAAGCCAACAUUACAAGAUUCUAAAGACUGGGAUGAUGAAGAUGAUGAUGAAGAAAGCACAGGCGCACAGUUCGAGGAGUUGGAUAAUCUCUGUGACCUGCUCCGAAGUCCACUAUCACCGUGGCAUCAGGAAGCAUCAUGGAGUCCUCAGACCUUAGAUUUGAGAGAACUGGCUGUAAAGGCACCAAAAAAAAUCAAUGCAGACCGCAUAUAUUCAUCCUUAACAACCCUGCGCGUCGUGGACAAAGGGGUCUCGGUUAUUGACGAUGGACUGCUGAAGUUCCGAAAUCUGGAACAACUCGUAUUAACUGUUAACAACAUCGCAGAGGUUCCUUCAAAGAACCUUCCCAAGACGCUUAAGGUUCUUGAACUGUACGGCAAUCAGAUUUCCAAUCUCGAGAGUCUGAACACAGAACUUCCUCCCCAUCUCCUGCAUUUAGGUCUCGGUAACAACAGGCUUGGCUCUCCUGAAGACCUCCAGUAUUUUGCUGUCAGUCGUUGGCCCCAGCUGAUGUCUCUUGAUCUGAGUUGGGCUGGAUAUACAGAACAAUAUGCUCUUGUGGACGCGCUCUCUACGUUGCCUCGCUUACGGAGUUUAGUUCUCGAAGGCAACCCUCUAACUUUAACCACCUUAUACCCGGGAUUUACACUGGACAGCUUAGAUCGCUUGCUCUACCUUGAUGAAACUCGAAUAUCCCCAGAAGAUCGACGUCGCUACAGGGGCCUUGCGAAACUCAGAGCAUCAGUCUCUGAGGAAGCAGAGGUGAUCGUGUGUGUAAAGAAGAUAAAGGGAGUCCCUAACUCUUUGCUGUUGAACGACGCUGAAGCCGAGUUCCCCCUGGUCAACUACAGCUAUUCUGUUUCCUAUGAAUUCUUUGAUGAAAGUCAGUCCCAGAAAAGUGUACAUGCUGAGGAUCAAACAUCGCAAAAUAUCCUACAGAGAUUAACCCCGGUUCCAUGUACGUCGUCGGAGCACCAGGAUCACGCCCUUAGCGUUCCUGUAGCUAUGAACUGGACAACAACGCAAGCUUGGGCUGAAGAAAUUGAGUUUAAUCACUCCAGCACCCACCGCAUCCGAGACCUGGCAGCUCUCAAGAACUUUUUUCUCAGGGGCCUUUGGAUCACUGUGGAAGAGCAAAAGGUUUUGUCAUGGCCUGCAUCUCGUCCUGAAAGCAGUGGAACCAAAGCAUCGGCAAACAAAAAAGAAAAAAAGGCCUCAUCGGCAGGAACAAAAUCAAAAGUUAAGAAGAAAAAAAAGGAAUCCGAGCUUGAGCUGAUACAUGAACAACCUAUCAAGCAAACCCUUGGUUCAGUACAUGUAAAGCUGAAAGACCUACUGGAAGGAAAGAGUCAAAGUGAAGAGCAGUAUGACAUGGUGGUGAAGCACUCCAUCAGACCAGAGGUUUCCAAAGUUAAGCAGAAAAGUAAGAAGUCCAACCGAGAAAAUAAAGAAGAAAACCCAACUUCUAAAAAAGGAAAAGUCAGCAAAGAGAUGGCGACUGACGCCUCGGCAGAUGAACGCAAGACGGAGACUAAGACUCUAACUGUGGAAUUCAACCUCCGGUUGAACAAAUGGACCUCUGAUUCACAAGCAUUUGAUCCAAACUCAACCAAAUAACCUCUGUCCUGAUAACAUUGUUAUGCUCAAAUCGAAUCAAAUUCAAUUUGAUUUGUCACUUUCGCAUUCAUACAGAGUACGACAUGUAGUGAAAUGCCUAUUUUACAACUGAAGAAUUUACAUGUAAAUAGAAAUAGAAUUAAAAAAAUAAAUACAGUAAAAAGUAUGAAGUAUAAAAGUAUAAACUAUGAAGUAUAAUAUAUAUUUAUAAAAAAAAUAUAUAUAUACUAUACUAUAUUAUAUACAUACUAAAUAAGACUCAUACCAAAUGAAGCAAAUUUUUGUAGAGCUCAUUUUGGGAGCCGGUAUAUUUUUAUAAUUGUAAAUAGUGAACUUGUAUUUUUAAUUUUUUUUCAAGAAAAUAAUUUCCAAACAGAGCAACCGUACAUUCAUUUUGCAGUGUUCCCAGGACUCAGGAUAGGUAUUAAAGAUGAAUGAAUGAAAUGUUGUCAGACGUUCAUUAUCCUUAUGUACCAGAUGUCAAAUCAACAAUGUGGGCACCUGUAGCUUCACAGUUGCUGUAGGUGACAAUGAAAAUGUUCCUUUAACCAAUCAGACUUCGUGACACCGGGGCCAUCGAGCAGGCGUCCAAUAACGUCGCCGUUUUCACGUCUUUGUAUUGGAUGGUCAGAGAGCACGCUAGUCAGAACCUGUAAACCGCAUUUCUAGCAAAACGCACAAGCUAAAAUAUAUUCAUGUGGUUUAAUAGCUGUUUUUUCAUUCCACAAAACAACUGACAUUUCCAUAUUGUUAUAGGGACAACCCAAGUGCACAACCUUCUUAAUGCGAUAAGAUGGCAUUUUUAAAAGACUCAACUCAGCAAAUAUAAUCAUUUUAAUGCAUACUAUGUACAGAUGAGCAAAUGCGUCCAGAAUAUGAAAGUCUUCUUCCUUUGGCUGCUCCCAAUAGGGUUCACCACAGUGGAUCAUCUGUCUCCAAUUCAGAAUACGAAUGUAACAUGCUUAAUGAUGUGUUAAGCGUUUUUUUUUUUCUCUCAUAUAAAAACUGUUAAGGAAAAGCUUAACGUUUCUUAAUGUAAUAAGACUGUUUCUAAAAGUCUAAACUCAACAUAACUGUUUUCUGUACAUAUUAGGCUUUAUUAUCAAUGUGUUCAGUGAGUUUGGUCUUUUAAAAACAGUCUUAUCCCAUUAAGCCACUUUUUUCACAUUCGGCUUUUUAGAACGUCCCGUUCCAUGCUCCUUUUGUUCAUUUAUGUUGUUUGAUGUAGGACUUUGGUUCCGUUUUGUUUCACUGUGUACUGCAC